UGCGACCUGCCUUGCUCCAAGAAGUGCCAAGACGCGAAUUAAUUUAGCGUGGAAGUCGCGGUGCCAACAGGCGUGACGUCGUUUACGAGCAAAAUGUUACGGGGCUGCUUGAGUCACUGCUGGCGAAGGACUUCCAUUGUGACCUUCGGUGGUUGGCGGAACCGGCGGGCGCGCUUUUCCACCUCUGCUCGUGUCAUGGAGCCUCGCCUCAGCUUUUCUCCCGCCGACCACAGCCUCUUCGAUCAGCCGCUGGCCAUCUCGGUGGAAGGGCUCCGGCCCGAGCAGGAGAUCGGGCUCCGUGCGUCGCUGGAAGAUGAGAAAGGGGAGCGCUUCGAGUCGCACGCCUUCUACCGAGCAGACGGCGAAGGGCGGCUGGAUCUGCAGCGCUCGCCGGCGCUUGAAGGCGGGACCUUCUCGGGUUUGGAGCCGAUGGGGCUGCUGUGGUCGCUGCAGCCGCUAAAACCCCUCAGGCGCCUGGUGAAGCGCGACGUCGAGCGCCCCUUUCUCCUGGAGCUGGAGGUGUUAGAAAGGCUGGGAGCGACUUUGCCUGGUCGCGUCCUGGCCAAGGGCUCCCACGAGCGGAGAUUCCUGGCCGACGGGGUGAAGAGACUCCCGGUGCGGGAAGGGAGCAUCCGGGCCACUCUUUUCCAGCCUCCCGGUAAAGGCCCUUUUCCAGGUAUCAUUCGGAUACCUGGAACUGGAGUAGGGAUUCCAGAAAGUUCAGCAUGUCUGUUGGCCAAUCAUGGCUUUGCCGUGUUAGCUUUGCCCUAUUAUGGAUAUGAAGAUCUUCCUAAGGACAUAAGGGAAUUGCAUCUGGAGUACUUUGAAGAAGCUGUCAAUUAUAUGCUAAAACAUCCAGUGGUUAAAGGUCCAGAAAUUGGCGUGUUGGGACACUCCAAAGGGGGUGACAUCUGUCUCUCCAUGGCCUCAUUUUUAAAAGGCAUCACGGCAAUAGUCACCGUUAAUGGUUGUAUAGCCAAUGCAGGUGUAGCAGUACGAUACAAGGAUAUCACCAUUCCACCUGUCGGCUUUAAUAUAAAUCGAAUCAAAAUUGAUCAGAAUGGGUUCUAUGACAUUAUUGAUGUUCUGAACAACCCACUUAAGGGCGCUGACCGCCAAAGCUUAAUUCCAUUGGAGAAAGCUGAGGGACGCUUUCUAUUUAUUGUGGGCAUGGAUGAUCAUAUUUGGAAGAGUGAAUUUUUUGCCAAUGAAGCUGCCAAACAUUUACAAGCUCGUGGAAAAGACAAACCUGGAAUAAUUUGCUAUCCUGAAGCAGGUCAUUACAUUGAACCUCCUUAUACACCACUGUGCCCUGCUUCAGUCCACCUUUUUGUGGGCAAAAGAGUGGUCUGGGGAGGGCAACCCAGAGCACAUGCAGCAGCGCAGGUGGAUGCUUGGAAGCAGAUUCAAAACUUCUUUCAUCAAAUCCUCAAUGGCAGCAAAAACAAAUUGUGAAUGAAUUAGUUAUGAGCUGGGUUUCAGCAUGU